AUGUACAUUUGUUGCAAAGGUAGAGGUAGAAUGAGAAAACAGGACCCUUUGGAUCAAAAGCAACGAUUUUCUAUCACAAAAGAUAAAUUUUUUGCAGCUUCAAUCCAACAUAAACAAGAAAAAAUUGCUCCACCGCUGCUCACCAUUGCUAUAGGAUCUAGCUCAAAUACAGCUAAUACCAAUGGCUCAAGUGGCAUUUUUACUUAUGAAGACCUAGUCAUUGCCACCAAUGGUUUUUCCGAAUCCAACCUCCUUGGACAAGGCGGUUUCGGUUAUGUCUACAAAGGGUUCCUGCCAACCGGACAAUAUGUUGCGGUUAAGAAAUUGAAGGCCAAGAACCGGCAGGGGGCGCGUGAAUUCCAGGCUGAGGUCGACACUAUCAGCCGAGUUCAUCAUAAAUACCUUGUUUCCUUAGUUGGAUACUGCAUUAAUGGGGCUGAGAGAUUGCUUGUUUAUGAGUUUGUUCCUAACAAAACAUUGGAAUUCCACUUGCAUGAAAAUGGUCAGCCGGUUAUACUUUGGGAAAGAAGACUCAAAAUUGCUAUAGGAUCUGCAAAAGGAAUAGCAUAUCUCCAUGAGGACUGUAGUCCGACGAUCAUUCAUCUUGAUAUCAAAGCAUCUAAUAUUCUUCUUGAUCCCAGAUUAGAAGCAAAGGUUUCCGACUUCGGACUUGCCAAAAUUUUCUUAGAUGCUAGCCCAUAUGUUACACACAUCUCUACCAGAGUGAUGGGAACUUUUGGAUACCUUGCACCAGAGUAUGCAUUAACCGGUAAGUUAACUGAUAAAUCAGAUGUAUAUUCCUAUGGUGUCAUGCUUUUGGAGCUUAUAACCGGACAUCGGGCAAUCAUCGAGCUAGAAUCGUCAGUAAAUCAUAGCCUGGUUGAUUGGGCAAGGCCUUUCCUAGCUCGUGCACUCGAAGAUAAUGAUUUCGAGGCUCUCGUUGAUCUGAGGUUAAACGGUGCUUACAACAAUAGCAAGAUGGCAACCAUGGUCAGUUGCGCUGCUGCUUGUAUACGCCAAUCAGCAUGGCUUAGACCUCGAAUGAUCCAGGUUGUUCGUGCUCUAGAAGACGACAUUUCGUUGACGACGUUGUCGAACAGCUCGUUGAACACAUCUUUAGAAAUGUUCAUCCAAAAUGCUCGACAAUGCAUCAACAAUGGUGGCUUUAGUGGACACAGUGAAUCCACCAGUGAAUAUGGGCUCAACCUUAACCCGUCUGGCUCCAGCACCGAAUCUCAAAAGAACUAAAAGCCGAGACAAAUUCUGAUGAAACUGUGCACUAUUAGAAUAUUAUCUAGCUUUUGAUUAAAUUGGUUGAUGAAUUUGAUUUAUCUACUUAUCUAGGGAAUUAUUUGAUAUCAAGAGGUUACA